AUGCAUCGCGCUCUCUUGAUUGCCGAGCUCGUGAACAUGAUCAUGGGCAACCUUUGCGACGACGACAAUGACAUCUACUACGCUGACAUCGGAGCGUUGGCGCAGACGUGUUGGGCCUUCAGCGGACCUGCGCUAGACAUCCUAUGGCAUACACAGCCCGGCAUCGCGAACCUUGUCAAGUACAUGCCCGACGACCUAUGGGAAGAGUCGGGCGUCACGUAUCAGAAUGUCUUGCCCGAGAAGUCUCUGACGUUCCGCAGAGCUAUACUGCCCGGGGAUUGGACCCGGUUCCACGUAUACGCCCGUCGUAUCCGGCGCCUGAAGCCAGAAUCCUCAAAUUGCACCGGCCACGACAACUUGUAUACACCGGUCGUCGUCCUCGCAAACCAUGUCUACAGAGCUCUCAGCGCCUCGCGGCCACCGUCCAUCCUGUUCCCCAACAUCCGCGAACUCACUGCCUGCCGCCGCGCCUGCGCGCCCUCGUGUUUCGACUACAGCAUCAUGUUUCUCGGACCCUCCGUGACAAAAGUGAAGCUGUCGUCGUCGAUCGCCGACUCAACGCUGAACGCCUUGCUGGGGUCCCUGCCCCGCCUCUGCCCGCGACUUCAGUGUCUCAGCACGGACCUCCGGUUUAUGAGAGUGCCCCCGAAACAUCUCCCAUUCCCGCCGGGGUCCUUCGGGUCUCUCAAAAGCCUGCGGUCGUUCUCGAUCAUCUGCGACGUGCCCAUGCUCUGGGAGACGUUUGCAGAACUGUCGUCGGCGCGCCGCCUCUCUCGGCUUGCCUUCAGCUCUGAACAAUCGGCCCGCCCCCCCACGUCGACGGAGCCGGGUCUUUUGCUCGGUCGACACGAUCGCCCUCCGCAAUCGGACGGUGGAGGCUCGCACGACGCUGAUCGCGGCUUCGGCACUUCAGAAAGCUGGCGGCGAUUCGGGUCGACGCGGACGGCGGAGAGCCGAUCUCGUUCCAGGCUCGCCACCCGUCUCUCCGCGCCCCCCGCAUCGCGCUCGUCGGUACUGCGGGACCUGUACGUCCUCGCGAAUCUGCGCGUCCUCGAGGUCAGGCCGGCCGAGGUGGCCGCGAUGCUCUCGGAGCUGUUCCCCAACCUGCGCCGCAUCGUGGUCCCAGAGAACAGCAACUACGGGUUCGCUUGGGGGGACGCGGAGCGGCACCUGAAGGCAAAUGCGGCCGCCCACGCCCUACCCACCGGAGAGCAGGUGGGCUCGGAUGCGGACGUCGACUCUCCCCUAGCCGCCUCUACGCUCCCUGGUCGCGCGCGCUGUGCCAGCGCGCUGCGUGCGCCGUACGAGCACAAAUGA